GCCGGACCCGCCUCUCCACGUGGUUCCAUUGAGAAGGCAACAAAGCCCUAUUCGCGGAGUGUUUACAAUAAUCUGCCCGGGGUGGGAGAGUCCAAUCAGCCCGGAGGAGGUAAGGGGAAGGUGCUUCGGACUUCACCCUUCCGGAAGGACUGUCAACCAGCCAGCGCCUCAGGACCAUUUUCUUUGCAGACCCCCCACCUGCGGGAACUCUUAGGGAAGGAACCUGGGAGAUUCUUGGCUUGAGCAAGCAGGUGACAUGGAGGGAGCCUGGCUUCACUCCUGAAGAGAGUUCCCAGUGGCGGAAGUGAGUGAAAUGCUCACCCCAGCUCUACCAUGAACAAACAGUUACCUGAAAGCAAGAUGACCCUGGAAUAUAGGAAUGUCUGCAUCCUGCUGCCCAACCGAGAUCAACUCAGGUUAAGCAUUGGGGUGAAAGCCACAGGAAGAGAGCUUUUCCAGCAGGUGUGUGACUUGUUGAGCAUUAAAGAACCCCACUUCUUUGGCCUGAGUGUUGUUCGAAACAAUGAAUAUAUAUUUAUGGACCUAGAGCAAAAGCUCAGCAAAUACUUUCUGAAGGAUUGGAAGAAAGAGAUAUAUAAAGGAAAUGAGAAGUCCAACCCUCCCUUUGUUGCCUUCUUCAGAGUGCAAUACUAUGUGGAAAACGGGAGAAUUAUUAGUGACAAGGUUGCAAGACGUCUAUAUUACCACCACCUCAAGGAACAGGUGCUGAGGUCUCAGUGUACCCACAAGGAGGAAGUCUACUUCCUAUUGGCUGCCUAUGGGCUUCAAGCAGACUUGGGCAACUACAGAGAGACCGCCCAUGUGGGGAAAUAUUUUGAACCUCAUUCCUACUUUCCUCAAUGGAUUAUAACCAAAAGAGGAAGGGACUACAUCCUAAAACAUGCUCCAGAGAUUCACCGAGAGCAGCAGGGGCUGACUACCAAAGAAGCUGUGCUAAAGUUUAUCAAGGAGUCCUGUCUGCUAGAAGAUGUUCCUGUUCACUUUUUCAAGUUACAAAAGGAUAAGAAGGAAGAUCGGCCAACAAUUGUCCUGGGUCUCACCCUAAAAGGAAUGCACAUUUAUCAGGAGGUAAACCAUUCCCGGCAACUGCUCUAUGACUUCCCCUGGGCACAUGUUGGAAAGCUGGCAUUUCUUGGCAAAAAAUUUGAGAUCCAGCCAGAUGGUUUGCCUUCUGCUCGGAAACUGGUCUACUACACCGGUUGUCCGUUCCGCUCCAGGCACUUGCUACAAUUACUCAGUAACAGUCAUCGACUCUACCUGAAUGUCCAGCCAGUCCUGAAACAGAUCCGACAACUGGAGGAAGUGGAAGAGAAGAAGCGUUAUCGGGAGUCCUACAUCAGUGACACCCUAGAGAUGGACCUUGACCAGUCAGACAAGCACUCUCAUGGGAGUGGAAGCAGCAGAGGCAGUGGUCGGAACCACCACAGGCUCUCCCAUCGCUCAACAGAUAGUCAUGGCAGCUCGCAUACAUCUGGCAUUGAGGCUGACUCGAGACACCGUGUAUCUGUGGAGAUGUCUGUGGAUGAGCCCUUUGGCGUGGAGCUGGGCCAUGGUAAAGAGAAGUCCUGCAGGUCCACCACCAGCCACAGCAGCUCUGGCAUAGAUAGCAGCAGUAAAGGGAGAACUGAGGAUGAGGUGGAGGUGAUGGUAGAUGGACCAGAGGACGUGACAGUAGAUGAUCCAGUGGGGAAUAACAGACUGGAAAAGGCAAUGGAAGAAGUAUCAAUGAAUCCACUUACUCUUGGCCUACAUGGCUAUGAAGACUCUCACCAGGAACCCUUUGCUGUGGUGCAGAUAACACUGGUCAAGAUGCGGGGUCAGAGUGUCGAAGCCCUUAACCAGCUCAGAGAGAUCAAAGCCAGGGAGUGCUCGGAUCAACACAGCCAAAGCCUGGAUGACAUCCGCCUGUACCAGCAGCAGCAUCCACCCCCAAGCACCAAUCUUUCUUCUCCCACAUCUCAUAGCUACACUUUUGGCUGCGCCCUAGAAGACAAGUUGGCGACUUAUGGCUGUGUAUACUCUACAGCCGAUUGUAUGACCAAGUCUGCCCUCUAUGGGAAAAGAUCUAUGAACUGUCUCUCCCUGGAUCUUCUAGGAGAAGACCAGGUCCCAGAAGAAUUUGUGGUCUAGGCUAAGUUGCCACAGUUUGGAGGUGGUUUGUGGCAUGGUAGUCUAUGAGAGAAAAGAGGAGAAGUCACCUUAGGUCUUGUGGAUAACUGCAAAAAUGAAUCAUCUUCCUCACCAAGGGAGAGCUUUACAUGGUGCUCACCUUCUCCAAGACAACCAUAGUGCACGUGAUUCAUAGAACAAAUUUCUGGCACUGGUCCCUCCCUGGCUUAGACACUGCCCUAACAGUUUAUUCCAAUCUCCUGGGCAGUUUCCAAACUGGUAGGUGGAAGGAGCCAGGCAUACAAAAACCUUCCAUCUAUUGUCAGCUUCCAUCAGUAUCUUCGACAGGAUUACAAGAAAUGAGCAAAUCUCCAGCUGAACUUUAAAUGCUGCUUUUAUGUGGUGUGUUCAGGUUUUUUAAGGCAGAUCUUGGAAGUAACUGGGAAAUUCAUUUCAACAAUCAUUCUAAGCACCUAUAAUAUACAAGGCACUGGGACUAAAGACAAAAACCAAAAUAGGCUUUGCCCACAAGGAGCCUAUGUUCUGCUGGACCAUAGUAGGUGCUUAUUAAAUGUUGAAUUGGAUUCAAUUGCAGUGAUGUUUUGGUCAUGAAAUCAAACAUUAGGUUCCCACUGGGGUAACAGAAAUUUCCCUCUGUAUUCCUGCCCCAUUGGCAAAAAAUGGGGGGGGGGGGGGUAAUCAAGAACUUCUCUCUUUGACAGAAUACCUUUGAUUAGCAAGAUGGGGAGGGAAAGAACAUUGGAAAGCAAAAAAUGUGUCAACAGUCAUGAGUAUUCAACUCAGAAGGAAAAGAGAGCCCUGGAGUCUCAAAGCUUCUGUUCUCUGCCUCUAACUUACGGAAGCCAGCCAGCUAGGUAUCCUCUAUACCACUACAAAAUCUAUAAAAUAACCCUCAAAAUGGUAAGAUUGUCCAUUUUAUGACUCCAGCAGUUUAGUUGUCCUUGAAUAGAGUCUUAUAAUUAAUUAUACAUUGAAAGCAUAACACAAAUUUGACUUCAAGAAUGUAUGUUUAUAUUUGCAUGGAUAUUAUUCUCAAGGGUGUGGGAAGAUUGGUUAUUGCCCACUCUUCAGGAGUUCCAAAUCAAACUUUGCUGUUGCGAAGCAUUCAUCAUGGUGCUUAUUACAGGGUGCCACUCAGGCUUGCUGGUUUCUUUUCUACUGAUUUCUUUGAAACUCUAGCAGAUUCGAAAUCUCCCAUUUUGCUAAUCUUCAAGUCAUUAUGCUUUAAUUUGACAUUUGAACGUUCCUUUGACCAUGUGUGCCUAUGCAAGGACAGGCAAGCAGGCAAUUCUGUAUCCAGUGGUUACUUUCUAUUUCUGUAUCUGCCAGGUGAUAUCAAUUGCAUCCAAAUCUGUUCUUUUUUCAUGUACAAGGACCUUAAGAGAUUAUUGAACAAGAAACCAAUGUAACUCUUAAGUAUUAAGUUAGCCUUCCAAGGUUUUCUGAGCCUUGGAAUUUCCUUUUUUUAAUACGGUAACAAGUAAAUUAGAUCAAAUUAGUCAUUCUACUCAGUUUCUUAAACAGAAUAGUUCUUAAGCAAGGAUGUUAUCUUAUUUUGUCAGUAAUUAGUUCUGUUCGUCAAUCACUCUCAAAACUAACUUCUUUUCUUUCUUCCCUUUCUCGUUUCAUUUCCUUUCUCCCCCUUCUCUCUCUCUCUCUCUCUCUCUCUCUCUCUCUCUCUCUCUCUCUCUCUCUCUCUCUCUCUCUCUCUCUCUCUCUCUCUCUCUCUCUCUCUCUCUCUCUCUCUCUCUCUCUCCCUGUCUACCCCCCUCUCUCUCUCCCUCUCUCCCCCCCCUCUCUCCCUCUCUCUUUCUCUCCCUUUCUCUCCCUCUCUCUCUCUCUCUCCUCCCUCUUCUUCUCCUUAUCCCUCUCUCUCUCCCUCUCCCCCUCCCUCUCCCUUGGUCCCACCCCCCACUAAAGUUUUUAUGUUUUGAAAUAGCAUAUACAAUAUCUUGACAAUCUGUGAAAUGGGAGCAAACUUAUGGAAUUUUCAGCAUUGUAGUCAAUGGCCAGUGGCUUAUUAAGAGCAUUAAUAAUAGACUCUUGAGAAAUUCCAGCUGCUUUUAACCAACCCCUUUUUCUUAAUCACCUGUUUGCAAUCAAAUAUUGAAUAAGUGCAGAAUUGGAACUCAAACUCUUCAAGCUGGAGAAGUUGCCCUUUCUACCAUUGUUGGCACCAAAAAUGAAUAGACAAACAAUCAUUUCCUCUCUUCCCACUGCCUUCUUUUCUCUUUUCUUCUCUACUUCUCUUCUUCUUCUUUUCUACUCCUAGUUCAGCAGUGCCACUCCCCCCUCCCCUUAAUUUACAUAAGUUUAUGUCUAGGUCAGGUAGUUUGUUGACGGUCUUCUCUCUGGCUCUAAUGGUACUUCCAGUUUUCAUGGUGGGAGAAUUUUAUGGAAAAUCUCUGUAGUCAAUUGGUGACUAAGAAUGAUGAAUUUGCCUAAACUACAGUAACUAUCAAGGAGUUAGCUAACUAGGCAACGACACAGAAUUCAUCUUUUACAUGGGCAGGAACAGGGUGAGAGGCUGAAAGAAGGUAGUCAUUCUUUCUACUUUGGGGUUCAAUAUGGCACCAUCAAUCAUGAAGCAUUAUGACAGUAUGCAUGUAUGUAUGCAGGAUCCCAGGGUUUCUCCUGUUAUUAAUUAUUGUACUCCUUCAGCCUUCUGGUAGCUUCAAAGGAAUGUACCCCCUUUUCCCUCCCCAAUGCAUGAUAAAUAAGAAAACAUUCUCCUCUCUCCAACUGUCCUACAAGCUCUCCAUUGAGAGUGAGGCAGACUCAGUUUCAGGUGGCCUUGCUCCCAUGUCAUCCAUCAACUUGUCAUUUGGGUAUUUGCUGUGUAGGCAGUUAAAAGGCAUGGAUCAUUUUAAUAGACAAGCCUGCCUGCAUCACCUGAUGGGAAAGUGGAGUCUCCAUUUGUUUGUGUUCUCUCUUGAAAGGACACUAUGAAAGAAGGUGGUUGGUUUUCUGUGUCCUCACUCGCUGCUCCUUCAAAGGGAAGGCUCAGCAUGAAUUGUGCUGCCUGCCUUCAGAGCAUCCCUUUCUGCUCGCUUCUAAGUAGAGCUCUGAUGGGUGAGUGCAGUACUUGGAGUUAUAUAGCAGGGAUUUCAUCCUGAUGGCCUGUGUAUAUUUUCUAUUUAUUUGUACUCCUCUUGGACUUUUGUCCCCUCCCUACACAUCACCCCAGAAGUAAGUGCUCACCUCACUUGUGCUUGCAAUGAGGAAGAUGGUACUCAUUUUUGUUUAGACAGAAUUGUUAUAUUUUGUUAUUUUAUACUCAUAAAGUAUUAAUAUUGAAUGACUGUGAAACCAUUCUUAUGCAAGGUUUUUGUACCCAUGCAACAUUAUUAUCUUUUAUCAGUGCUAUAUUUUGUAUCUUGAUUAUACUUGGUUCACAUUGGUUCAUAUUAAAGCUUUUGGGGGGUUGGGGGUGGGGGGCAGGGGAGAACUUGAAUACACAGCAUCCUGGAUGGCUUAUACUACUAUGCUAUCUUCAGAUCUCUCUGUACUGGAAAGUGCUACUCCUUUCUGUGAAAGGAAUCUUUGUAUAUAUCGUGCACAUGUAAUAAAGAAGCAAAAAAUUC